AUGAAGAACGUGUUUCUCUUGUUGGUGCAUUUAGCGUUAGCUAUAUUUGGUUCAGCAUUAGCUAAGAACAAUUGCCAAAGAAACUGUGGAAGUGUUUCAAUCCCGUAUCCGUUCGGGAUCGGAGAGGCAUGUUACCUCAGUAAAUGGCACGAAGUUCAAUGCCAUAGGAAUCCUGCUUCCGGUCAGCUUCUGCCAUUCUUGCCGGGCAUAAAUAAAACAGUUUUGCAAAUCAAUCUUCCAAGGCAACGGGCAUCAACUCCAUAUGGGUCGAUUCGCAUACAAAUGGACAUCUUUUCCACAGGAUGCGGCUCUCCAACCAAUGUCUUUCUUAAAUUUGAUGGCAAUGAGGUUGGAGAUGUAUUGAACUUGACGGGCACACCUUUUGUCAUUGGUCGCGCUAACGACGUUGUUGGUAUUGGUUGCAACAUCAAGGCUUCUUUGAGAAAAAUUGAGCCAAGAAUAGUUGGUUGUGUCUCCACUUGUGCGCCAGAAGCUAGAAUGGAUAAAAAAGGCUGCAACGGUUACAUAUGCUGCAGAAAGAAAGCACCUGAUGUGAUCGGACAGGUGACUGGUCUCAGUAUACUAGGUGAUAGUAUAAACACAACAAUAGGAAGGUGCAAAGUGGCAUUUUUGACGGAUGAGUUUGAUAGAUAUCCUUCCUCAAAAAUCAGUGAUCCUAGAUGGUUUUAUGCGAUGAAACAUACAACGGUGCAGCUACGGUGGUCAAUUCAAACUGUGAAUCGCUCAUCUAUCGGGUGCUCAGAUCACCGUUGCAAGUGCCAUAACCUAACGGAGUAUGAGUAUGAGAUUGGGUAUUCAACUUGUGCAUGUUCCAGUGGUUACAAUGGUAACCCGUAUCUUUUAGGUGGAUGCAAAGAUAUCGACGAGUGUCGAAUUCUCAACAAUGAUGGACGUCCCAGAUACUGUAGAGGAGGUAGCAUGUGUGUUAACACUCCGGGAGGGUAUCACUGCGUGUUCCAUAAGAACAAGGCGUUACCAAUUAUCAUAGGUGUUGGCACGAGUUUUGGUGUGUUGAUAAGUGUCGGUGUGGCCUUCUGGCUAUACGUUAUCAUCAAGAGACAAAGGCAGAUCAACCGAAAAAAGAGAUUCUUCAAACGCAAUGGUGGUCUACUCUUGCAACAACAGCUGAAUUCAACGGCAGGCAGCAUUGACAAGAUAAUAGUCUUCACUUCGAACGAUCUCAAUAGAGCUACAGAAAACUUCAGCGUUAACAGGGUGCUGGGAAAAGGUGGUCAAGGUACUGUCUACAAAGGUAUGCUUGUGGAUGGUAGGAUAGUCGCUGUGAAGAAGUCCACAUCCGUGGAUGAACACAGGCUCGAGCAUUUCAUCAACGAGCUUGUGAUCCUCGCGCAGAUCAACCACAGAAACAUCGUCAAAGUCUUAGGAUGUUGCCUCGAGACAGAAGUGCCAACCUUGGUGUAUGAAUUUGUCCCCAACGGAGACCUGUCCAAUCUUCUUCAUCAUGGGUCUGAUAAUUCCCCUUGGGAACUGCGUUUGGCCAUCGCAGUAGACAUUGCUGGAGCUUUGUCGUACCUGCACUCAGACGCCUCAAUCAAGAUCUAUCACCGGGACAUAAAAAGCUCUAACAUCAUGCUCGAUGAGAACCGUAAAGCCAAACUGUCUGAUUUUGGGAUUUCAAGGUCCGUAAAUGUAGCCAACACACACUUGAUCACUGAAGUAGCAGGUACCGCCGGUUACAUGGAUCCAGAAUAUUUCCAAACGAUGUUGUACACGGACAAGAGCGACGUUUAUAGCUUUGGUGUUGUGUUGGUAGAGCUUAUCACAGGUGAGAAGACGGUUACUCAACAAAACAGGUGCUUAGCGAGGGACUUUGCUCUUGCAGUUAAAGAGAGUAGAUUGGUCGAGGUGAUUGAUGUCAAGCUGAAAGAUAAUCACAACAUUGAACAAGUCACAGCGGUGGCAAGUCUAGCUAGGAGGUGCGUGAGUCCCAGAGGUCCCAAACGACCAACCAUGAGAGAAGUAUCUGUAGAGUUGGAGCGGAUCCGUUCGUUGCAGCUUGGAGCACAACCAAUGGUCGACAGUGAUGAAGAAAAUGAAGUUCUGCAGUUUGACAUAAAUUGGGAUUCAAGUGCUUCAACAUCCCAAUUUCAAACCGCUGCAACGUCCGAAUCGUUCUUGUUACCACCGGGUACUUGAAUAAAGUGUUUUAUGUAAGUUUCGAAGUCUCUGUAAUGGUGUAUUGUUAAAGACAAAAGUGGAUUAGUGAUGUGCUGUAUGCUCAUGUGAUGUGUGAAUUUCUUUGAUGAUAGUUUGCUGUUUGGGAUCGUAUGGAUUUUGAGAACAUGUUUAAGCUGAUUUGAAACUCAA